UGUGCACAAUUACCAUUACCCAUCUAACACAUGCCAAAUUAAAUCAUGCUGUGCUGACCACGCCCCCAAAAACCCAAUCCACGCAAUCUCAAUUAACAUUAUUGAAUUACCAAGCAACCUAAAUUCUUGUAUCGUACCAUGUACGGAUUACGAAAUCUAAGAAGCAGAAGAAGAGAGAAUGGAGGUGAAGCGGAGGACUGCACGAUCGCUGGUGGAUCGGCUUCAAUCCGUCGGCCAUGAAGAAGUCCUCCCCGAGAUCCGUCUCAUGUCCAAGCACGACGCCGAGAUGCGCCCCUUACUUGCCGACGCCGGUGUCACCCCCCACCUCGUGCACCUCCUCUCGAGUACCGUCUCCGUCUCCAUCUCUCCCGAUUCCAUUGAGAACGCCACUGCUACUCUCCUCAACCUUUCGAUCUCCUGCCCUGAAGCCCUGAUGUCGACCCCUGGUCUCCUCGACGCUCUCUCAACCGCCCUUCUCCCUCCAACCCCACCCACCGCUUCCCAGCACGCCGCUGCCACCUUAUUCAGCCUCCUCUCCGUUGAAUCCUUCCGUCCCAUCAUCGGUUCCAAGAGAUCCAUCGUCUCCGCUCUCGUUGAGCUCGUUAGGUCCCCCAAAUCCCGCACUCGAUCUAUCAAGGAUGCCGUCAAGGCUUUGUUUGGGAUUUCUCUGUAUCCGAUGAAUCGGGCGAUGAUGGUUGAGAUUGGGGUUGUGGCGGUGUUGUUCUCUCUGGUGGUGAAGGAUGGAAGGACAGGCAUCGUAGAGGACGCGACAGCGGUGAUCGCGCAGGUGGCUGGGUGCGUGGAGAGCUUGGAAGCGUUUAGAAAGGUAGCGGGCGUUAGGGGUCCUGGUGGAUCUGGUGGAUUUGGGGACAGGGAGCGAGUGAGAGAUCAAGAGAACGCAGCGUCAGCGUUGCUGAAUCUGGUGAUGAGCGGCGGAGAGAGCGCGGUGGGGGAUAUAGCAGAGGUGGAGAUAGCGGAGGAGGUGGUGAGGGAGUUGGCAGAGAAAGGGAGUUUGAGGGCGAAGAGUAAGGCUGGGCCUUUGCUGAAAGCGAUGAACAGUGGCCGGAGAGAUCAAUGGCCAUCGUGUCCAAGAAUGUUUGAGGAUCUUGAUUCGCCGGCGGGCGCCGGAGAUCUGACACAGCCGCCGUCAUCUGCGGUUUCAUUCUAACCCUUCUCUCUCUUUUAUUAAUCUUUCUUCUAAUCGAACUUAACCUGGGUUUGGAAUUUGUUUGUUGGUUUUUAUUUUUAUUUUCCUAUAAAUUUUAUCUGUGUUUUGUCUUCAUCUUUGUACUAGUUAGAUGAUGUAAAUGAAUUGAUGAUGUGAUCGUGUGAGUUUGGGGUUGCACUCCCUUGUUUAUUAGUAAGAUGGAGAUGAGCGAA